GGUCCUGGUGGCGGCUGUGGUAGUGAAGGAGGCGCCGAGGGAGGCCACCAGGAGGCUGUGAAGGGCCAGGAAGCUGUGUGUGUCGUGGAGCCGCACGGGGCCACCUUACAUCAGCGUCCUCCCCGCUCACAACGUUAUAUUCCACCAAAUUACCUUCCCCUGGAGGAAUCUGUAGCAGCCAAGAUGAUUGAUGUCACAGUGAAAACACUGGAUUCUCAGAAUCAUCAUUAUUCUGUUCCAGAUGAUAUUACUGUUAAGCAAUUCAAGGAGAGGAUAUCAUCAUCUGUAAACAUCCCAGCUGACAAGCAAAGACUAAUCCACUGUGGGCGUGUCUUGCAAGAUGACAAGAAGCUUGCAGAUUAUAAUGUACACGAUAAGGUGGUGCAUUUGGUGAUGCGAGCACCUCCUCAGGCUAACAGUCGAGGUAACAAUGGAGGUGCAAGCUCCUCAGGCAGUGGAUCACCUAAUGGACACCACCACCACCACCACCAUCACCACCACCACCAUCACCACCACCGCCGCCAACAACCCCCAGAGGGUGCUCAAGUUCUCCUUGGGUCAUUUGUUGUCCCAGAAGAUAAUGAACCUUUAGUUCCCCCAACACAAGGGCCCAGUUCAUCUGGUGUCCGUUUGCAUCAAGCACGAACAAUGUUGGAUCGUGCCUCUGCGGUCCUUGACCAACUAGACCAAAGACUUCGUUUGGGGGAGGAGACGAUUCCAUCUACAGAGUCAACGCCUGAUAGUGACCAGGCUGCUAGUGUAUCCGAAACGGUAAGAGAUGCGGAUGCAGGCAUGAUGGAAACGGAAUCUGCUAGUGCGAGUAGACCAGAUAAUGCAUCAUUAGAUGAGGGUGCUACAACAGCAGGAAGUGCAGCGACCCCUCCUGUUGAUGAGAUGGAAGCAUUGUACUCUGAAAUGGAUGCUCUCAAUAACAUGGAUCCAGCAACAUUAAUCCCAGCUCCUGCACCAACCCAGAUGAUGGGUGCAAUCAAUGGUAGUUUGGCAGGUGGUCUGGCACAGGCAGCAUCUGCAGCAGUUGCUUCAGCCCUUUCAUCCCUUACUCGAGGAGGAGCUGGGACUGGCAGCCCUGUUACUCGUACUUCGUCUAGACCAACUGUUAGUGCCGCUGCUAGCUCUGCGACCAAUUCAACUACUGAUUCUACAACAAACCCGUCUGCUACAACCUCGACAACGAGCAGCAGCAGUAGUAGUAGCAGCAGCAACAGCGGCACCACAACUGGCGGCGGUGGUGGUGGUGGUGGUGGGGGUGGCAGCGGUGGUGGCCCCCUUCGUGGCUUUCCCCAGGGUAGUGUUCGCACACUAACUGUCAGAAUUACAAAUCCUCGAUCAACGGUAGCAGAAAUGAACCUGCAAGGAGGUAGUACAUCUGCUUCGUCCUCUAGUGGCAGUGGCACUGCUGCCACUUCAAGCACAGCAGAAGCAGACAGCAAUAGGAAUAGCUCCGAAGCCCAAAGCCAGAGUAGUUCCAGUGGUACUGGUGCUACAUCAUCUAGCACAGCAGCAGAUGAGGGCAGCAGUAGUGAUGGAGGCCUAGGUAGUGUGCGUCUGGAACACCCGCGCUGUGCUGUGAUGGUGGAAGUUCUGGACCAGUUUAAUCAGAUCCAACGCCGUCUUGAACCAUACCUGGUUCGCUAUCGUCUAGCUAUGGCUAAUGACCCUGUGUACAGUAGUGAGGAGACAGCCUCGUUGCAGCAAGAGCAAUGGCUUUUGUGGCGGGUAUCUGAGGUACUUCAUUUUGUCUCUCAUGCCAUGCAUGCCAUCAGUGAUAUAAUGGUAGACCUUCGGCGUCCACCCCCAAGACAGUUAAGGGCUCGACCAAUUAUAAUUCAGCAACCAGCUCUUGUACAGGCUCAGAUCAAUGUAACGACCAGUUCAGAUCCGGGACGCACGAGUGUGAGUGUAAGGGGUGGGAGUCGUCCUAGUACUGCCAAUACCCAGUCGCCAUCCAGCAAUGCCACACCUAGUACCACCUCGGCAGAUGCGACACCACCACCACCUGCCGCAUCCUCAAUGUCAUCAUCUACUCGUUUUUUUACCAUUCCGGGGCCAGGUGGUGCAAGUAUUACCCUACCUGUCUCGGGUGCAUCAUCUGCCUCUCCUUCAACAACUGCUGCAAAUCCAGGCUCCACUACAUCUACUAGUAAUAUGAGUCAAGCUGCAUCUGCACAAGCCCGCAGUUUGGCCUCUUUACUAAAUCUAGGAUCCAUGCAAGGAUUUCCUAUGGAUGGAGGUGACUUAGUAUUAAUGGAAGUGGGGCCUCAUGGAAUCACCAUUGACUCUGUUUCUGCUGAAGGUAGUGGUGCAGGAGGAUCGGCUCCCCCUCCAGAGCUCAUUCAGAACAUAGUUUCCUCAAUUACAAACCAGCUAGGUGUUCGUCUUGGAGGUUCCCCUCCUUCCAAUUCCGCUUCCAACCCUUCCUCCACAGCCAAUACCACCAGUUCCUCCACUACUGUUUCUUCUGCCUCAACCUCUAGCUCUGGUGUUCAGAGUACAGGUCCAGGACGCAACAGUCAGGCUGCUGGCAACAGCUCACAAUCUGCAAAUCUUGGCGCCUGUGGCACCAGCACAACUAAUGUGACACAAACCAGAGUGACACAUCGCCCUCACGUUCAUGUGACCCCACUUAAUGUGCCAGGAAUGGGAAUGAACCAGUUUGACCCGUUUCUUCCAUGUCAAAGCCACCACAUACGUCCUGCUACAAGGAGGAGACAUCAAGCACAGCCACAGACCCAAGAUGGAGGCAGCCUGGGGCAGCAGAGAAGUUCAACGGGAAGCACAUUGGCACAGGAGAACAAUUCUUCAGAAUCGGCUCAGACUCGUCCUCAGGUUGGAGUCUCGCCCACAGCAUCAUCUGCUAAUCCUAUAGCACUCUUUACAAAUUUCAUGGCUGAAGCAUUGAGUGGGAGACAUGGAGCAUCAGCACCGCAGCAGGAACAACCACAGGAGGAGCAAGCGGCCUCAGAUAGCAAUGAACCUCAGAUCAGUGAUCAGAUGUUUGCUCAGUUAGUGCAGGGCGUUAUUUCACAAGUGUCGGGUACACUGAGUGCCGAAGGUGACAGCAGCAGUCAGCAAUCUACUACUUCACUUCACGAGUUCCUUCAACCUUUUGAUAGUGGCAUGUUCGCUGAAGGAUAUGAAGACUCGCUCUUUUAUCAGUUGUUUAACACUGUGGCUCUGUCAUUAUCUAUCGGGGACCUUGUUCAACUUUUCUUUGGGCGUGCAACAACUGUGAAUCAGCUGCGUGCUCCUUUACAGCGAUUUGUGAGGGAGAGAGCUCUUCAGGGAAGUCAACCGACUGAGGAGAACCUGGAUCGUGCCAUUGAUAAUGUUAUUAGGGAUCUUCAUCCUCAUCUUGUCCUCACUGCUGGAGAUGCGCAAGUGCAUGAAGGAAUUGAUUAUGUUAACACAGUUCACAACUUCAUCCGACAUAGAUUACAUGAUGUUUUCAACCUGGUGUUGAAUCACCCUGAUGCAGAAUCAUUUGGGCCGUCACUGGUGUCAUUAGUUCGACGAGCACUAGGAGAAUUCAUCGCGCUCUCGCUGCACUGUUUUACAGACGGAGCCCAAGGAUUAGAGAGAGUAUUGCAAGAGAGAGUCCGUUCCAUAAUGGCAGGAGUGAGUCCAGCUAUACAGUCAUGGUCUGUUAAUACUUCAAUAAUGCAGCUAAGAUCCAUGAUGAACCGAAUGACCAUAACAGAUGAUCACAUCAGAAGAUAUGUGGUAUCCCCAGAUGAAGGGCGAAGAAUGGAAGAAGAGCGUAAUCGCAGGCAACGUGCGACUAGUUCUCUUGCUGCACAACCAGCUCCUCCACCAGCUGCUACUGAGCCAACUACUCCUCCUGAAAACAUUGUCACUGUAGCACCUGCCAAUGGACCUGUAGUUGAGCCUAUGGAAGUUGAAGAAGUGGGAUGUAUGGAAGAGGUAACCACAACAGGAUUAGAGUCCGAAUUGGAAAUAACUGUUGAAGGGGCAACUGGGAAACCUGACGAGGAUAAUGAGGAAGAUCCAUUAGCAGAAGAAUCACCAAUCAUCAUAAAUGGAGGGUCACAGCCCUGGCACUCGGCUGUCCCACAGGAUUGGCUUCCAGUUAUAACAAGGGAUGUAGACCGACAAAGGCGGGUGCCAGACACAAGUUUAAGUGAUGCUUAUCUCUGUGGAAUGCCCCUGAAACGCCGGAAGUUGGCUUCUCAGCAUAAACCCCAUGGUUCGGUUCAAACAGUCGUACAAGAAACAUUGCGUCACAGCAUGCGUGGUGCAGGAGUCAACCGUGUAGUUAUGGACAGUGUUGCGGGUGAAGCAGCCAGUCAACUUGGAGAGUCAUUUGCUGGUCACAUGCGAACAUCUCUCAGGGAACGGCUCAAUCAUAAUAAGGACUUUCUUCCCGAAAAAUUUCCCAAGAGUGAAGAGCAUAUAAGGAAAGAUAAGUGAAUUUUCAAUGUGCAUAUUUUAGGAAGCUUGUAAUUAUUUAUGCUACUGAAUUUUUCUGCGUCACUCAAUCUUAAGUUCACGAGUGAGCAUGCACUAGAAGUGUAUUUUGAGUGAACAACUUAAUUUUUCAAACCUACUGUGAAAGAGUUGAUGUCAAUUUGAAAAAGAUUUUAAAGGCACUUGGCAAUGGGUGCAAAGAACCCUCAAAGUCCUUGUUGAGAACAGCUUUGUUUUAUAUAUGCAAAGAUUCUUUGUGGAUAUUAAAUUUAAGAAUGUCUUUAGGCAUGUAUGUAUACCCAGAACUAUUAUUAACCAAGGCAUACUCAUUUUGGGUUCUUGGCAAGUUCCUUGUAUUGUACUUAGGAUUCCAUAAUAUCUAUUCACUUACUCCAAACUGUGGAUAAUAGUCAGUGAUUCAUUUGUUGAGGUGUAAAGAUGAAAAUGCAUGUACUCUAAGAAGGAAGCCAAGUGGUGCUUAGGUUGUGCCUCAAAAGUAAAAAUCUUAAAGAAUGUUAAUGUUUGAAUGUUUGAGGGCUUGGUAUCAUGACUAUCUGAUUAUUAUUUAUCUUGUAUUAGCUGUUGUAAUUGCUAUUGGAUAACUUGAAGGCAUUAAAAAAAGUAAAGCUG